UACUGCGCUAGAACGAGCCCAUUAGCUAAAGGUACCAAUAUGGCGGAGGCUUCCCUAGGGAGUUCAAGUCCAGUUGGCUCUUUAUCAUCAGAGGACCAUGACUUUGACCCAACAGCAGAAAUGUUAGUUCAUGAGUAUGAUGAUGAGAGGACUCUGGAGGAGGAAGAAUCUCUGGAAGGAGGGAGGAAUUUCAGCUCAGAGAUUGCAGAUCUUGAAAAGGAGGGUAACAUGCCUUUGGAGGAGCUUUUGGCCAUCUAUCGCUAUGAGGCCUCAGCGGGCUCUAGUAUAGACAGCUCAUCUGGAGACCUGACUGAUGAGCUGCCUGACAUGACUCUGGACAAGGAGGAAAUAGCCAAAGACCUGCUCUCUGGGGACUAUGAGGAGGAGACCCAGUCCUCGGCAGAUGAUCUGACCCCUUCAGUCACUUCUCAUGAGGCUACUGAUUUCUUCCCAAGAACACUUCGAUCAAACGCUAUCUCUGAUGGUGAUAAAGAGUCAGAAUGUGAUGAUGAUGGGCCAAGCCCAGAGGACUCCAGAAAGGAAAUAAUGGUGGGGACACAGUACCAAGCAGAGGUUCCGUCUGGCCUCUGUCACUACAAAGAUGGGGAGAAAGUUUAUGAGGAUGAAGACGAGUUAUUAUGGAGCCCAGGUACAUUGCCAGAAAACAAGGUUAGGACUUUCCUGUCUGAUGUGUUGUCACGGACAACAGAUGAAAAGACAGGAUGUGACAAACCAUGGAUGCAUGUUCGAGACAAUGAGCAGGCUUUGUAUGAGCUUGUCAAGUGCAACUACAACACUCGUGAAGCACUGGAGAGACACUGCAGCCGUGUGAAGUCCUCAAAAGAAAAAUCACCUCCGUGGUCAGAAGAGGAAUGCAAGAACUUUGAGCAUGCACUACAAAUGUAUGACAAGAAUUUUCACCUCAUACAGAAACAUAAAGUAACAACACGAACAGUAGCGGAAUGUGUGGCGUUUUACUACAUGUGGAAAAAGUCAGAACGCUUUGACUUCUUUGUGCAACAGAAUCGGUUUGGGAAGAAAAAAUACAGUAGCUAUCCCGGUGUAACGGAUCUAAUGGACAGGCUGGUGGACGAAGCAGAGGGACUAGCCGUGGACAGUUCCUCCUCUGUGUGUUCAGGAGCAGGUGGAGGAGGAAGGCUGGAGACCACCACAGACCAACAGCUCAGCCUGCUUAACUCCAUCACUGCCAGCGAUCUCACAGCUUUGAGUAACACUGUAGCUACAGUGUGCAACCCUGCAGAGGUUGGUUGCAUGGACUCCUACAGCUUUCCUCCACUGGAAAGUCUCCAUCGUGGGACCCUGAACCACGACGAAUCCCUUGGGUUCCCUUCUAAUGGCGCAGACCCCGACUGCCUCAACAUGCUUGAUGCUGGCUUCUACCACUCUGAUCUGGGCCAGCUAGGAGGAGUGUGCGUCAACAAGGACUGCGAGCGGCCCUCUAAGAGACUCAAGAUGGCCCUGCCUGACUCCUUUAUCAAUGACGUGUCUGUGGGUAACCUUGGAGUGGACUUCGAAGCGCGACGGACAACAACGCACCACCACCGAAUCACCGGCGCCAAAAUGGCAGUGUCUGUCACAGACUUUGGGAGUUUGGCAGGUAGUGGUGAGCCUAAUGGUUUUCUGGGAGCACAUGCACGGCACCACACACAGCACACUGCGGCACUUCAGUCAGAGUGAUCUUCCUUGUCUUCACCUCUUGUUCUUCCCUUUUGAAACCCCAUUUCCUGCUUGUACAUAAGACUGACCUCACUGGAGAAUUCAAUUUGUUUAAAUUUUAUUAUAUAUAUAUAUAUAUCUAUAUAUAUAUAUAUGUAUAUGAAUAUACUUUUUUGUUUUCAUUUUUUGUGUAAUAUGACAUCAGUGAUGUCUAUCAUAUAGAACUAAAAUCUUGAUUUCUCUCAAGA